AUGGCCAUUCGUAGCAGCUUCCUUGCAUGUGUCUUCAUGCCAUGGACAGCCGUUUUCAUGGGCAUAUUUGAGGCAUUCCAAAUGGCCAUUUUCAGCAACAAAUCGGCAUGUGUGUUUAUCCCAGGGACAGCCAUUUUCAUGGGCAUAUUUGAGGCACUCCAAAUGGCCAUUAUAUGCAGCAAAGCGGCAUGUGUCUUCAUGCCAUGGACAGUCGCUUCAAUGGGCAUACUUCAGAAUUUCCAAAUUGUUGCUCACAGCAGCAAAUCGGCAUGUGUGUUUAUCCCAGGGACAGCCAUUUUCAUGGGCAUAUUUGAGGCACUCCAAAUGGCCAGUGAGAGCAGCAAAGCAGCACGUGUCCACAUGCCAUGGACAGCCAUUUCAUGGGCAUAUUUGAGGCAUUCCAAAUCCCCAUUUUCAGCAGUUAAUCGGCAUGUGUAA